AUGGCUGCGGGCGAGGUGGGCGCGCGCGGUGCGCGGCGGCUGCUGCUGCAGCCUCGGCUCAUCCUUUUCGGAGACUCCAUCACGGAGUUUUCCUUCCAAGAAAAUGGAUGGGGAGCAUCACUUGCCCACAGGCUGGCUAGAAAAUGUGAUGUUCUGAAUCGUGGGUUCUCUGGCUACAACACCAGGUGGGCGAAAAUUGUUCUUCCGAGACUGAUUCACAAAGACUCUAGUGCUGAGAAUACUUUGGCAGUAACAGUCUUUUUUGGAGCUAAUGACAGUGCUUUGAAAGAUCUAAAUCCUAAGCAACAUGUUCCCCUGGAUGAGUAUGCUGAUAAUUUGAAAAGUAUGAUACAGCACCUAAAGUCUGUGGACAUUGCAGAGGAUAAAAUUAUUUUGGUGACACCCCCACCCCUUCAUGAAACAGGGUGGGGAAAAGAGUGCAUUGCCAAAGGUGAGAAAUUAAACCGUCUCAACGCCACUACUGGGGAGUAUGCCAAGGCAUGUGUUAAAAUAGCCAGAGACUGUGGCACUGAGGUGGUUGAUCUGUGGACCCUCAUGCAAAAAAACAAUCAGGACUUUAGCUGUUACCUAUCAGAUGGACUUCAUUUAUCAGGGGAAGGAAAUAAUUUUUUGGCCAAUCAGCUUUGGUCUGUCUUGGAACGAAGGACGUCGGCACUCCCUCUGCUGCUGCCUUACUGGCGUGAUGUCGAUCAUCUCCACCCGGAGGCCAGUCUCCUGGAGAGUCCACACGAGUAA